AUGAGCUUUGUAGCUAUGUAUAAGCAAGCAUUAAGUAGAUCGGUAUUUGUAAAAUCAUAUUUAGGUUUUCGGCCGGCGCUAGCGCGUAGUUUCAAGUCCGAACGAGGCCCUGCUCCUCCACAGCUUCCCAGGGAAGAACAGGAGGAAUUCGAGCGCCUCCAGCGCAUAGCACAGUCACAAGAAGCCAUCGACGCGUACAAUAAAGAAAUAGAGGACGAUCACACCAAAGAAAGUGCGAAAUCUUCUUUUUUGAAAGCCGAUAUUGGUGGGUUUUCGCCAGAGUUUUCCAAAACCAUUCCUGAGUUCGAAGGUGAUGUCAACCCCAAGACCGGUGAACGCGGCGGACCCAAGCAGGAUCCGCUCAGAUACGGUGAUUAUUCUUUCAACGGCAGAGUGACAGAUUUCUGA